AUGACAUCUCUUUCAGAAGUUGAGACGAUGGAUACACUUCCAUUUGUGAAAGAUACAACGCCUAUGAGUAAUGAUGAUAUAAAAGUUGUCGCACCAUCCAUUGAACAAGUUGGAAACGAUCCCAAUGAACUGCGGUUUCUCCGUGGUGAAGGAAGAUAUUUUGGUUUAGAUGACUCCGAAGGUAUUAAGGAACCGGAACCUAAAUGCCGGAAUUGUUCUCAAAGAGGGCACUUCAAGAGAGAUUGUCCUCAUGUGAUAUGUACCUUUUGUGGGUCAAUGGAUGACCACUAUUCUCAACACUGCCCCAAGGCGAUUAAGUGUGCCAAUUGUAAUAAAGUAGGCCAUUAUAGAUCUCAAUGUCCAAAUAAAUGGAAAAGGGUGUUUUGCACUCUUUGUAACAGUAAGCUACAUGAUAGAGACAGAUGCCCAUCGCUUUGGAGGUCGUAUUUACUAAGAGAAGAGUUAACUGGUAAGGGCAACAAGAAAAAACUAGAUCUGGAUACAGAUGCCAUAUAUUGCUAUAAUUGUGGUGGCAAUGGCCAUUUUGGUGAUGACUGUAAUCAAAGGAGAUCAUCAAGAGUACCGAAGGAUGAUGGUAGUGCAUUCGCUGGCAAUAAUUUGAGAGAUGAGUUACGAACAAAGUACUAUAAAAAAUUGGACCAAGAGAGAGGCAAAAAAGGUAGGAAGAAUAACAGUAAGGUGAAAGGAAACCAUAAGAGGUUUGAUGACAAUAACAAUUUCAAUUACGACGACUAUGAAUAUGACGAUAGCAUUUACGAUGAAUGGGACAACUCGCAACUGGAUAGGAAGUACAGUGGUAGCACAAAAAAGAAGAAUACCAACAAGAAACAGAAGAAAAACAACAAUUCCCAUCGGGAUCCAUUAGAGUUUCCAAGAUCCAAAAGAAACGAUUUUAAUGAUAAUAGCAAAAGAGGUAACUUUUCUAGGAACGAUGAUAAAGCUAAGGCUAAAAACAUGAGAUGGAACAAUUCUAAGAAAAAUCGGAAAUCAUAUAGGAGCACAGAAAGAAAUUGA